UUGUGGCUCCCCUCUUUUUCUUGUCAUCCAUCCGCGUUUCAUGUUUGUGGACUCGGACAACUCACAAGCGUUGCUUACAUCUCCUUUGUAUAUCGGGCGGCUAUCUGUUGGCCUCAACACCUUUCAACGCCAAGGCACUUUCAGCACUACACCUCUUCUUUGUUUUUGACAACAUACUGUCGCCACGGGCGAUGGCAUCGCGCUCUGGAAGCACCUCUUCAACAUACGCGUACUACAAGCCUGAACAGCUUUCGCCUCAGUUACACCAAGCAGCCUUCGUCAAAGGCAGGUCAUCCUCGACUGGUACCAUCCACUCGAUCUCGUCAGCGCCAGCAUCGUCUCCAGUUCCCUCUUUCGACCAGCAACACGUCACAGCCUUUCCAGGCACAAUGGCAAGCGGCGGAAGUCGAAGCCACUGCCAAGCACAACCAGAGUCACCACAAGACCCCCAACCACUGAGAAAGUCAUCCGUCGCAAGGCGCGUCAAAUCAGCCCUCAAAGACGUCUUCGCGUCUCGCGGCAUCGAUGACACACAGCUGGAGCACAUCUCGCAACGACACUGGUCGGAGCUGGACGGGCAAAGCGAGGCUGGGCAACAGCAAAGGGAACGGGGCCAGACGUUCCAUGCGGUGGAGCAGAACACACCACCGCCCCGCGUGCCGGUGGAGCGGAUUCGUCAUUGUCAUUGGACGGAGCUGGCUGGCGAGAGUGAAAUAGACAGUUGAGAAGGAUCUAAUUCGGGCGGGCUUGUUCUGAUACCCUUCUGUGUACGGGGUUGGUGCCGGAGUCGGAAUUGCGGCGUUACAGAGCAGGGCUUGGGUGUUAACGGCGUGGGUGGAUAAAACCGAUUCA